AUGUUUUAUGAGACAGGCAGUAAUUUGAAUAUGAGAUCAUUGACGAAUCUGCAUAACUCUAAAUAGUCUUCUAAGAAAUCUAGCACUAAAAAUAGUGUCUUAAAUCAUUAAAACUAGCAAAUAAGUGGAUCAAGUGCUGGAGGAGUGGUAUAAACUGGAUAAUUAAUCUUGCAGCCUUAGAGAUCUUAAAUAUACUUCAUCGACAGAGAGUCCCAAAUGUAAUUUGAAACAAUUAUUGAAUAAGAUCAGGAAGGAAGAUCUUUCCUAAUGCAAAGAGAUGAUCCUUAAUGUAAAAGUUAAAGAAUAGAAGGAGGGAAUUUGAUAGAUUCUGAAUUAUAUGAGGAUAGCAGUGCCUCUUCCCAUGUAUACUAAAUGCAAUAGAUGUACACUUUAAAGAAGGAAUAUUCAAUUAGUAGUCUUGACAAGAUACAGAGAACUCGUAAACAUAGUAAAAUAAAUUAAAUCUAAAGAUUCCAAGAUGAUAAAGAUAGCAACAAUAGUAAUUGUCAUUAACUUCUGAGAAAGAAAUUCACUUAUGAUAACAAUAUGUAUAAUAGGAUAAGUGAUAGCUAUGAAAUGGAUGCCAUCUGA